AUGAGGCUCGCCUUCCCUCUAGACAUACGUAUUGGCACUGACCUGAUCGCCACAAAUCGCAUCCUGCCAACCUUGAACCCCAACCAACGUCAUCUUGACCGUCUCACCAAACGUUUUCUCCAUCCCAAUGAAUUGGCCGAAUUGACUCGACGCUUUCCUGAAUGGACAUCCAUCGAACAUCAAGCCGAACAUCGGAGAAAGCAUGUUGCUACCUGGCUCGCUGGACGUUGGGCCGCUAAGGAGGCAGCCAAAAAAGCCUGGGGUGCCACCAUGCUAAGCUUCUCUGAUUUGAGGGUUGAUCUUGAGCCAAGCGGAAACCCAUACAUGAUAUGCGACACCCGCAGAUCUUCUGACCCUUCCCCGUCCAGAAUAACAGAACAAGUCGGUCAACUCAGCAUCAGCCAUGACGGUGAUUACACCAUGGCCACUGUGAUUGUCACACCCUUGCACCAGGACAUUAUAACCGAUCUCGGCCGACGCAAGGCCGAAGCCGAAUCUAGAGUUCGUACCACUGGAACCUAUAUCAACCACGAAUCUCACAACAUGACCUGA